UACAUCUACUGUAUAAUAUUGUUAUUUUGUUCGAACCCCUUUAUUUUCUGUGAUUCACCUUUUCCGCCCCCUCUUGUCCCUCAACUUUCUCAUUUUUGACCACUAUCUCCGUGGCCAGUCCUUGUCUUCUCUACACAUUCUGGUGUGAUUCAAUCAUUGAAGACAAUAGGGCUGAAAGUAGAGUUCCAACCCUUCUAAAAUUGACUUCUCAUCAGCAUCAACUACUCAUGGUAUGUCAAUCUUAUAUCGAUUGUUUUUUGAAUUUCAUGCCCAUGAUCUGUAUGCUUGUAUUCCCAAAUAUAGUUUCUUAAUUCGAUACCCACAUGGUUUUGUUUAGAGUGUUCUAAAAUGAUAUUUGGGAUACUGGGUUUUCUAUUUUUGGGUUAAAUGUUGCGAAUUUAGAAAAAAAUUUGAGAUUUUUGAAGUGUUUUUCUAUGUGGAAAUUGUGUUAUUGGAAUUGAAGUAGUAGAAGAAGGUAGAUUUUGAUAUAGUUUAUGUUGUGGAAGAUGCAACCGAGGGUAUUGCCAAUGGAGGAAGGCAAGGAUCCUACUGUUACAACUAGAACAACAACAAACCUAUCUAGGGUCUUUCCACAGAGGUUGCUUCACUGUUUUGUGGCCUUCCUGCUCUUGUGUUUGGUCUUUUCAAUCAUUAGUAUCUACACAACUCGGUAUUUCGGAGCUCAUAGUGAAAUUGCCACAGUUAAGCCGAUUUUCCAACCUUGCGUCGAAGAGCCUAAACCUACUAGUUUAGAACGAUUGAUCAGACCUCCAUCGAAUUUGAUGCACUCAAUGACGGACAAAGAGCUCCUUUGGAUGGCUUCUUUUGCCCCGCGAAUAAAGAAGUAUCCAUUCACGAGAGUUCCGAAGAUUGCAUUCAUGUUCUUGACUAAGGGGCCAUUGCCACUCGCACAGCUUUGGGAGAGAUUUUUUAAGGGGCACCAGGGGCUAUAUUCGAUCUAUAUUCAUUCAUUGCCGUCAUACCAAGUUGAAUUCCCUUCGUCAUCUGUUUUCUACAAGAGACAAAUACCUAGCCAGGUAUCAGAAUGGGGGAAGAUGAGUAUGUGUGAUGCGGAGCGAAGACUCGUAGCUAAUGCAUUGCUUGAUAUUACCAACGAGUGGUUUGUACUUCUCUCCGAAUCAUGCAUUCCUCUCUACAACUUCAGCGUCACCUACCAUUAUAUUAUGAAAUCCAAGCAUAGCUUUGUCGGCGCAUUUGACGACCCGGGACCAUUCGGGAGAGGACGUUACAACCAAAACAUGUUACCUGAGGUCAACAUUACACAGUGGCGUAAAGGAUCGCAAUGGUUCGAAAUUAACCGAAAGCUCGCAAUUCACAUUGUGGAAGACACAACAUUUUACCCAAAAUUUGAAGAGUUUUGUAAGCCCGCAUGCUAUGUGGAUGAGCAUUACUUCCCGACUAUGUUGACGAUUCAAGCGCCAAAUCUCUUGGCAAAUAGAAGCAUCACUUGGGUGGACUGGUCGAGGGGUGGGGCCCACCCGGCUACCUUUGGAAAAGCUGAUAUCACGGUGGAGUUCUUGAAGAGAGUUCUAGAAGGUCACACGUGUCGUUAUAAUGACCAGCCAUCUUCUGUGUGCUUCCUUUUUGCACGGAAAUUUGCUCCGAGCGCCUUGCAACCUCUACUGCUAGCAGCAUCAAAGCAUUUUGGUUAUUGACAUUCAACCGACACUGAUAAUAGGAACAUUUAAAGAAAAGGGCAGUCACUGACGUGGUCAAUGAACUCGUGCUAGCAAUUUUGGAACUGAAAGAGGUCUACCGGGAGGCCUUGGUACUUGUCUUCGAGCAUUGAGAUUCAUUUUUUGCGCCUCUCAUUCUGUUAUAGUUAUGAUAUAUGUGGUCUCUGUUUGAAUACUUGUUCAAGCACUCGAAGCAUAAGCUGUGUCGAAGAAUCUUUUGAUGUACAGAAAACUAGCAAUCGAAAUUUAUAGCAUCAUAAUUUCAUUCUUGUAUUGGAGUUGGUUGCAGUAUUAUUCUUCAUAUGUACAUAUCCAAAUUUUGAUACCUUAUAUACAUAUCCAAUUUCAUUUUGUA